AUGCCCGACGAAGACGACAUUUUUGCACGGUUCGCAGCUCUCCGCUCACCGCCUUCGCACGCACCCGAGUCGCCCACAGCGGCCGCGGCAGCCGCCGCGAAGAAUGCCGACGUCGACGAUGAGCGGCUGGCGCGCAUCGCUGGCGGGGACCUGGGCGGAGAGGAUGUGGGGGAUGAUGAGGUUGAGAAGCUCAUGGCUCAGCUGAGGGACUCAAGAGCGCCUGAUGAGGGUUAUGGGGCGGGAGGAGGGACGCGAGGAACCGCAACCGGUACCGGGAUCAACGACGACCCCAACGUCCGUGACCUCCAGACGUACGCUCGCGCCAAUGCGUCCGGUGAAGGUGCCCUCCACGACGAGGCAGCUGCGGCACUCGCUGCGGCGAUGGGUACAGAUAUGGACCGUGAUCGUGCAGGUGCGGCAGGCCGAGGCCAGGCUGGUUCGACCGAGCACUACGACGUCUCCGGAUUCUCGAGCAACCUCCCGGAGCCCGAAGAGAGCGAAGAGGAUAUCAUCUCGCGUGCGCUGGCCGAGGCGUCGCUGGAGCGACACAAUUAUGAAAGCUUCACUCCGCCAGAGGGCACAAGUUGGCCUCCAAAGGGCAACAUGCGGCUUCCACCACCACCCACCGUCCCCGUUAUCAACGCCGCUGUUGCACCCACAACCUCAACUGCACCCGGCACCGGUGCUGAUCCGUUCUCCGACCUGCCCGGACUCCCAUCGCUCCCAGCCUUGCCUGCACUCCCCUCCCUCCCAUCACUCCCCACCUUUGAGUCCGACGACGCCGAUGUCGACCCCGACUCGAAAGCGCGCAUGGACGCACUCAUGGGUCUCAAGGGCCCAAGCAUCUUCCCAAACACGCCCAGCAAGGCACCGACGAAGAAGGACGAUGCGCUCGGGCCACCACCACGGGCUCCGGGCCAAGGCUGGAACAUCCCCGGUUAUGUCGAUGCCAGGGACGAUGACCUGGAUAGCUGGUGUUCAUAG